GGAAUUUAUUGACUGUAAGAUAGAAAAAAAACAAGAAAAACUCUGAAAUUAUAAUAAUUGUAAAUAAUACAAGAGAUUAAAAAAAAGUUAGGGUUAAGCUGCGACUUUUAUCGAAAUAUCUACAUUCCCAUCUGGCGUUCGUUUUAUGGCCCCUGAUAAGGAAUUCGUAGCCUCUUUGUGUGUUUGUUCGUGCGGAUGACGGAUAUAAAAGACACGAUGCAUAUCGAAGACAUUUCGGAUUAAAAAGCUAUUGUGUUGCAUAGAAUGGCCAGGGCCUAUCUCGUGGAUUAUCAAGAAUGAAUUUCGGGUUCGAUGAGAGCAAAUAAUGUGAAGAUAAUUCUUCACUGAAGUUAUUUCGUAGUAGUGAAGGAGCUUGCCAUCUUUUGUGCCGACACGACAAAGAAAGCUAAUAAUAAAAAACGUAACAUUCAUGGUGAAGAAAAAGCGAAAACUAAUAACCUUGGACUUGGUGAGGAAAUGUGCUGAACACAACGAGGGAGAACUGUCCACUCUAGAAGAGAUCUCUCUCCAUCAAAGGGACAUAGAGAAAAUCGAACAUCUUCACAGAUGGUGCCCCCGCCUCCGCAUCUUACUGCUGCAGGGAAAUCUCAUUUCGAAGAUAGAGAACGUGCAUCGCCUGAGGGAACUCGAAUACUUGAACCUCGCCCUAAACAACCUAGAGGAAAUCAAAGGUUUGGAGAAAUGCGAGUCCCUGACGAGGCUCGAUUUCACAGCCAAUUUCAUCACUUACCUCACUUCCCUGACGACUUUGCAAGAUCUUCCCAACCUGAGAGAAUUGUAUCUAACAGGUAAUCCUUGCACUACCUAUCGUGGGUAUCGUUCCUGGGUCAUAUGUGUAUUGCCUGGGCUGGAGGAACUUGACGGUACAGCAAUUACAAGAUCGGAGAGACUCAGGGCUUUGCAAGAGCUCACUCAGGCGGAUUCGACAGCAAGGAUAGAUCAGCAGAUUGCCAUUGAAAAGAGAGCGAGAGAGAAAGAAAACUACCAGCGCGAGGCUCAGAUGAAAACUAAGCAUACGAACGCAGCAGAGAUGACUGACGAGGAAUGGUGGAACAGCAGCAGCGAGCACACACCUGAGGCUCGCAUCGUGCUCCACAGAGAACUCCAAGAAAGAAGGAAAAGGCAGGAAUCGGAAUCCAGUCCAAAGAAAAAGGCUCGCCCCGUAAAGCUCUUCACAUCCGAUGGGAGACCUCUGAAUGUGAACGCCGCAAAGCUGGAUUUCAGCAUCAAAGAAGACGAGGAAAACAAUUGCUUCGUUUUAGAUGUUCGGACCUAUAAGUACCUGGACCCAUCACUGGUCACCUGUGAAGUGGAACCUUGGUAUGUGAGAGUCACCGUCAAAGGAAAAAUAUUACAGUUAGUUCUCCUAGAAGAGGUCAAGCCAGGUCAAGCAGUGGCUAAAAGGUCAAGCGUGACAGGUCAUCUUGUUGUCACGAUGCCUAAGUUGCAGGCUUCCAAAACGUCAUACGGCAAACCUGGGCAAAUGAUAUAUCUCGAAAAAGCUGAGACGAAAGAGAAAGCAACUUCAGCACCAAAGGAUGCAAAUGAAAGCCUGAGUGAAAGAGAAUCAAACUACCUAGAAAUCGGCGACAUCCCACGUUCCACGGAUUACACAAACAUCGUCCGUGACUCUGAGAAAGAAGAACAAAAUCGAGCAACGGGGCCAUUCAGCCACUUCACGAGAAACGACAACGAAACUCUCGAACGACCCAAUUCACCGGGUUUCGUGGACGACGAAAAUGUGCCUCCUCUCGAAUGAAAUGAGUUGCUCUGACGGUCGUUAUCAAGUAAAUGGGAGUCACGAUGGAGUGAAUCGUAAUAAAUAAAUAAAAAUUACGUCUCAGUUUUUCUAACAAACAACUCUCGAAGGAACAGAACUUAUGAGGAGAGAUGCUGGAUAUUCGAAAGGAUUCACUGGAUACAGAAGCCUUUCCGCCGUGUAGAAAUAUUGCAGUUUUUCUCACCUACUUAUAUUUUUCAGAGGCUUCGGAUACAGCUAUGUAUACUGUAAGCGAAGUUGUAAUAUCUGUAAUGCUAUAAAAAAAAAUUUUGUAAAUAAACUUCUUUUCUUU